UACACCAUAGAGACGGCAUCAACAUUGUUUAUUCGCCGGCCUUCUCAGAGGGUGGCGGAGGCACUUCGUCCGGCGGAAAGAGGCGGCUCGUAGCUGGGCUCGGACGCCCCCUGUAGUCGACUUCUGGAGUUGCGGCGGCGCCCUUCCCACCGCCGCAGCUAUCCCCCUCCCUUCCUGCUCCUCCCUCCCACUCCCCGCCCGACCGCCCGCCAGCCUGGUAGCCUGCCGGCCGGCCUCCCUCCCUCUCACUCAGUCUCUCUGCCUCCCUCUCUUGCCUCCUUCUCUCUCUCUCCUCUCUCUCUCUCUCGCUCUCUCUCUCUCUCUCUCUACCCUCUCUCUCUCUCCCCCCCACCUCUUUCCCCACUCUCUCUCCCUCCCUCUCCUCUCCUCCCCCGCCCUCUUCACACCGCUCCGCUCCUCCCUCUUCGGCUCUCUCCUUCCUUCUCCGCCUCCUCAGCGCUCGGGCUAGAAUAUCUAUGGGGCGAAACGUGAUGCGAUGAAUCUGAGAGAGACCGAAACUGGGACGCGGAACGCGGCGGAAGCGGCGAGACGCCGGGGCCGGGUCAUGGGGGCUUCACCACAAUAGAGGCGCCCCCUCCCCCCUCAGAGCGAAGUCCCCCAAAUUUUCUGGUCACAGGAUGGCGGCGGAGGCAGCGGCCCCGUCUCAGAUCGAAGCCGAACUGUAUUACCUGAUCGCCAGGUUCCUGCAGUCCGGACCUUGCAAUAAAUCUGCUCAGGUGCUAGUGGAGGAGCUGGAGGAGCACCAGCUGAUCCCGAGGCGCCUGGAUUGGGAGGGGAAAGAGCAUCAAAGAAGCUUUGAAGAUCUGGUAUCAGCCAAUGCACACAUUCCUCCAGACUACCUCCUUAAAAUUUGUCAGCGGAUUGGUCCACUUUUGGACAGAGAGAUACCUCAGAGUGUUCCUGGGGUACAGACUUUACUAGGUGUUGGCCGGCAGUCUUUACUGAGGGCAGCGAAAGACUGUAGGAGUGCACUAUGGAAUGGCUCAGCUUUUGCAGCUCUCCACCGAGGCCGACCUCCAGAGCUACCUGCAGACUACUUGAGAGCACCGAAUGUUGUAAUGAUCACUUCUGCCAGACAGUUAACUGGAUGUGGUCGCUUCAGCCAUAUAUUCCCUUCAUCUUCUUAUCAACAAAUGAAGAUGCACAAGAGAAUUCUGGGUCACUUAUCAUCUGUCUACUGUGUAGCAUUUGAUCGAAGUGGGAGAAGAAUUUUCACAGGCUCAGAUGAUUGUUUGGUAAAAAUCUGGGCUACUGAUGAUGGGCGCCUCCUUUCUACACUACGAGGACAUUCUGCCGAAAUUUCUGACAUGGCUGUGAACUAUGAAAACACACUUCUUGCUGCUGGCAGCUGUGAUAAAGUUGUCAGAGUUUGGUGUCUCCGUACCUGUGCACCAGUUGCUGUCCUUCAGGGGCAUUCAGCUUCUAUUACUUCUAUACAGUUUUGCCCAGCAAGGAAAGGAACAACUCGUUACCUCACUUCAACUGGUGCUGAUGGAACGAUUUGCUUCUGGCAGUGGCAUGUGAACACACUGAAAUUCAAGGAUCGCCCACUGAAAUUUACUGAGAGAUCUAGACCUGGAGUUCAGAUUUCUUGCUCAUCUUUUAGUUCUGGUGGCAUGUUCAUUGUUACAGGUAGCACUGACCAUGUGAUUAGAAUAUAUUACUUGGGAUCAGAGUCCCCUGAAAAAAUUGCUGAGUUAGAGUCACAUACGGACAAAGUUGUCGCAGUUCAGUUUUGUAACAAUGGAGACAGCUUGAGAUUUGUCAGUGGAAGUCGAGAUGGAACUGCAAAAAUUUGGCAGUAUCAGCAACAAGAAUGGAAGAAUAUAGUGCUUGACAUGACCACAAAAGCAACAGGGCACAACUUAACAGGUGAAGACAAAGUAAUGAAACUGAAGGUAACCAUGGUGGCUUGGGACCGUUAUGAUACCACCGUUAUUACGGCAGUGAACAAUUUCCUUUUGAAAGUCUGGAAUUCCAGCACAGGGCAGCUUCUUCAUAAUCUAACUGGACAUGAUGAUGAAGUGUUCGUUUUGGAAGCACAUCCAUUUGACCAAAGGAUCAUGCUUUCUGCAGGACAUGAUGGGAACAUUUUUAUUUGGGACCUUGAACGAGGAACCAAAAUUCGAAAUUACUUUAACAUGAUUGAGGGCCAAGGCCAUGGUGCUGUGUUUGAUUGCAAGUUCUCACCAGAUGGGCAACAUUUUGCCUGUACAGAUUCUCAUGGACAUUUGCUACUGUUUGGUUUUGGAUGCAAUAAAGACUAUGAGAAGAUUCCAGAUCAGAUGUUUUUCCAUACUGAUUAUCGACCCCUUAUUCGGGAUGCUAACAACUAUGUACUAGAUGAACAGACUCAACAAGCCCCUCAUUUGAUGCCUCCCCCAUUCUUGGUGGAUGUGGAUGGCAAUCCUCAUCCUACACACUUCCAAAGGCUGGUACCAGGACGGGAACAUUGUAAGGAUCAGCAACUCAUACCACAACUGGGAUAUGUUGCGAACGGUGAUGGUGAAGUGAUAGAACAAGUGAUUGGUCAACAAACCAUAGAUCAAGAUGGACAUGUUCUUGAUGGAAUGAUCAGGGAACUGCAGAGAGAGCAGGACUUAAGACUGUUUAAUGAAGAAGGAAAUUCAUUUAUUCAUAGACCAUAUUCUCUUAAUGGAGUUCUGCGAAGUCCAAAUAUGGAUCUGGCUCCUUCAGCUAGUGGAUUCCGACCCAGUAGCCAGGCUCAUAGUUCCUCUCGAAGUCAAAUGGCCAUCCAGAGAGAUUUCAUGUGGAGCCGAAGAGUGGUGGUCAAUGAACUAAAUCCCGGUAUUAGUCGGGUACAAGAAGAGUUGCGGACUGCAAAAGGUGACAUAGAAAUUAAUCUUUAUAGUUUUGAGAAGAAAAGGAAGCCAUCUCAUGCCAUCCAAAGGAGUGAUUUUCAACCUGGUAGUGGACGUUCUUUACGAAGAACACAGAGGAAGCGCCAACAUGCUUACCAAACUCGCUCCACAAUAGAGCAUAAUCCACAAGUACCAACUCAUAAUGCAGUUGCCCAGGAAGAAUCUGAAAGCUCCUCAGAGGAGGAGGAAACUGGAGGCACUAGUGAAGCAUCUGGAGAUGAUGUUGUAGCUGAGUGGCAAAUGGAAAGCUCUUCCAGUGAUUCAUCCAGUGAUUAUUCCGAUUGGACAGCAGAUGCCGGAAUUAAUCUACAGCCUCCAAAAAGACAAACCAGACAGACAACACGGAAAAUAUGUAUCAGCUCUGAGGAAGAGAAUUUGAAGGAUACUAAAUCACUGGAAGAAAAGAAAAAUAAACCAAAACAGACAAGAAAAAAGAAACCUAGUGCACUGCCUGCCGUAACAGGUGAACCCAGUGAAGAGUGGCUUGCACCCCAAUGGAUUUUAGACACCAUCCCGCGCCGUUCCCCAUUAGUUCCACAAAUGGGAGAUGAGCUUAUAUAUUUUAGGCAAGGCCAUGAAGCUUAUGUACGGGCUGUAAGAAAAGCAAAAAUAUACAGUAUUAAUUUACAGAAACAACCAUGGAACAAAAUGGACCUCAGGGAACAAGAAUUUGUGAAGACUGUGGGAAUCAAGUAUGAAAUUGGACCACCUACGCUUUGCUGCUUGAAGCUCGCAUUUCUGGAUCCCAUAUCAGGCAAAAUGACUGGAGAGUCUUUUUCCAUUAAGUACCAUGAUAUGCCAGAUGUCAUUGACUUCCUUGUUCUCCAUCAGUUUUAUAAUGAAGCCAAAGAAAGGAACUGGCAGACUGGUGACAGAUUUCGCAGUAUAAUAGAUGAUGCCUGGUGGUUCGGAACUGUGGAGAGUCAACAACCUUUCCAGCCAGAGUAUCCUGAUAGUUCUUUCCAGUGUUAUAGUGUUCAUUGGGACAAUAACGAGAGAGAAAAGAUGAGCCCUUGGGACAUGGAACCAAUUCCAGAAGGAACUGCCUUGCCAGAUGAAGUUGGUGCUGGUGUCCCUGUAUCUCAGGAAGAACUGACUUCUCUGCUCUACAGGCCCCAAGAAGGAGAAUGGGGGGCUCAUUCUAGGGAUGAGGAGUGUGAAAGGAUUAUUCAAGGCAUCGAUCAUCUUCUUACCCUGGAUUUCGCUAGCCCUUUUGCAGUUCCAGUGGACCUUAGUGCCUACCCCUUGUAUUGCACUGUAGUUGCUUAUCCAACUGACCUCAACACAAUUAGACGGAGACUUGAAAACCGGUUUUAUAGGAGAAUAUCAGCAUUGAUGUGGGAGGUACGAUAUAUUGAGCACAAUGCUAGAACUUUCAAUGAGCCCAACAGCCCUAUAGUUAAAGCAGCCAAAGUUGUAACUGAUGUUUUGCUUCGCUUUAUCGGUGAUCAGAGCUGUACCGAUAUUCUGUCUACAUAUAAUAAAGUUAAGGCAGAAGAUUUGAUAAGUACUGAGGAAGAUGGGGACCAGGAUGUUAGCAAUGAGGUGGUAGAAACACCAGAUUUAGAUUCUGAUGGGCCUGGAACAUCCUCUGGAAUAACAGUAAGAUGCCCAUCCAAAACUUCCAUCCAAGCAACUCCUGUUGAAUGGGUAAAACAGUGUAAAGAACUUUUGAGCCUCAUUUAUGAACGUGAAGACUCUGAGCCCUUUCGACAACCAGUUGAUCAUUUGUCUUAUCCGGAUUAUCAAGAUAUUAUAGACACUCCUAUGGACUUCAGCACUGUGAAAGAAACUUUGGAAGCAGGAAACUAUGCCAGUCCUUUGGAAUUUUAUAAGGAUGUUCGCCUAAUAUUCACCAACUCAAAAGCUUAUACUCCUAAUAAAAAGUCAAGGAUCUACAGCAUGACUCUUCGCUUAUCUGCCUUAUUUGAAAAUCAUAUUAAAAAUAUAAUCUCUGAUUAUAAAUCUACCAUCCAGUGUCAGAAGAGGAAACAGCCCCCAUACAGAAAACGCCUCCAGAGCAGCAGUAGUUCACCAACUAGUAGCAGAGCAUCAAGUCCAAAAGGAAAACGGAAACAACUGAAGACCAAUUCUCCAACUGACCAAAAUACCUCACUGCCUUUGACCUGGACUAGCUCUUCUGUCUCAUCUCAUGUGCAUUCUCUUGAAAUUGAAGUUUCAGAACCUGGUGACGAUCCUGUUAAAUAUACAGUUAAUGAAGCCAUUGAAGGACAAAGUUCAUCUGCGAGUUCAAACAUCCAAAACCAAAAUGGAAAUAGUAGUGAUUCAAGGAGAAGUACAUCGUCCCGGGGUAAAGUUAUAUCAGCUCAAAAAGAUCAGUUCCUCAAUGAGCCUCUUACAAAUGGGAAUGGAAACGGAAAAGAGCACCGGAAAGGAGUGAAGAGAAAAUUACUUACUAUAUCAGAUGAUGAAAGCUUGGAUGAAGGAGAGAGAGAGAGAAAAGGUACAAAAGAAAAAACCUGUUUGUCGUCAUCAGAGAGUGGGGAGUCUAGUUCAAGUUCCGAAAGUUCAUGUUGCUCUGAUUCAGACUCUGAUUCAAGUUCCAGAACAGACCGGGAUUAUGUAGAGGGAGACCAUGACUACAGCAAAGUCAUUCACACUAGACCUAAAAGGAAGAUCAGGAAGGACCUUGCUGGUGGAAAAAGACCUUGGAAGACCAGAGGAGCUGGCGGAAGAGGCAGAUGGGGCAGAUGGGGCAGAUGGAGCCGAGGAGGAAGAGGGAGAGGAAGCAGAGGUCGUGGGAGUAGGGGAAGAGGAAAUGGAACGAGAGGAAGAGGGAGAGGGAGAGGAGGACGAGGAACAUCUAGAGGAAGCUCUCGAGCCAAACGUGCCCGCCUUGCAGAUGAAGAAUUUGACAACAUGUUUGCAGGUCGCUUCAGUAGACUGCCCCGAAUUAAGACAAGAAACCAAGGCAGGAGAACAGUUUUGUAUAAUGAUGAUUCUGACAAUGACAGCUUUGUUCCCACUGAAGAUCCAUUGAAUCUUGGUACAUCCAGAUCAGGCAGAGUACGUAAGAUGACCGAGAAGGCCCGGGUUAGUCAUCUCAUGGGAUGGAAUUAUUAACGCCUGGACAUUUUAAAAAGAAUUUUUAAAAAUCAGAUCCCAAUGGCCUUCUAUUACAGGGAACUUACCAGGCAAACUACCGAGCAAAUUGUGUGGGGACUUUCUGCUUCUUUCCAGUGGUGCUUUUUCAUUAUGCCAGUAUAUGUUUGUUUCGAGACUCGAGCUCUCCACACUUCAAUUUUCCCUGCAAGCCUUACUCAUUAGGCCUUAAAUUAAAUAAAUUCUGCUCCCCCCACACACUACAUAUUUACUAUGUUAAAGGAGCUUCCAGCUUCUUGACAGUAGCAUGACAUUUUUAUCACAAAAAGGAAAUCGCCCUUUUUUUGGUUUUGUAUUAUAGAAAUUACAGCACCUUCUUACAGAGUUUUUAUAUAGUUUUUUUUGCCAUUUUGAUUCCUAUACACAGUAAUAAUGAUAACUUUUGCACAAUACACCAAUCCUAAAGGCAGCUAUAAAAUGUUUACAGUUUCUAUAUUGUAAGAAGGAUCUGGAUUAUUUUAAUCAUCCCAGGCCAAACUUUCACAAAUUGUACUGAGCUGAAGUAUAUUUAUACAACAGGUUUUUGGGGGGUGGGGGGAGGGGACCUGAGCAAGAAAGUGGGGAGCUGGGGGGGUCUCUUGAUAUGCUUUUCAUUGGUUCUUCAUGUUAAAAGGUGAGAAAAGGGUUGGUGCCUUGUAAAUAUGUAGCAAACCUUUGCUGUGGUGUGUCCUGAUGUGUGCAUUAACUUUAUUAAAAAAAAAAACAAUACUUGAGAAGAAUCAAAAUCUAGACAAAAGGUGCCAAAUGCAAAAGUUACUUGCAUCUAUUUUCUUUUUCUUAUAUUUUACUGCAUUAUUAGACAUUGCGCAGCUAAAGGUUAAUGUCUGAAAAAUUCCUCAUCCGCACAGAGUGAGUUCUCUGAAUACAGUAGCUCAGCUACCUCUCACAAUCUACAACUACUGGAAACCUAAAGGAAAUAGAUGCAAUUCUGCAUUACUAAGAAGAAUAGAAUUAGCUAAUCAUUAGAAACGCUUCGCUCACAAAUGAGAAGCCAAAUGGUUGUUUAUAAUCUUAUUGGCUCUGAUUUUAAUAGCAGUAAUUGUCAAAGUUCCGCAAGCCUUGUGUACGCUACCUUAGCUUGUAUUAGAACAUGUUUGUGUAAGUAGUAUAUUGGGCUGUUGUUUCUAUGUCUCUGCUACUACUUACUUUUUAACAGAUGUGGGUUGUUUGGUUUUUAUUUGAAUCUUGAAACUUAACAUCUAGUUUGCGCUGUGAUGUCCUAGCUGGCUAAUAUUUGCGGUCAACUUUUGUAGGUUCUGUUCAUACUAUUAAAAAAGGGCUCUUCUGUUACAGUCUUUUGGAAAAGAACCUUGUUGCACUGUAUGCUGAUGUUUUGGAUGAUGACUUUCUGGGACCAGGGGAAAGACUCUCAUGAUUACAGCAGUAGAAUAUAUAUGGUGCCAUAAGAAAGUUUGGGUUAGAAGACUUUGUUUUAUUUCUUGAAUUUGAGACAUUACAUAUUCAUUGAAUAGCAGGUGUUUAGCUCUUGUGAUGGAGUGAAGAAGAUCAUUUCUCACUCAACAGUCCCAUAUUUGUUGGACCUUUCCACUAAUUAUAGGAUCAGCCUUGGAAGAGCUGAUUCCUAAUUCACACUCAACCAUCCUAAAUUACUGCUUAAGCUAAAUACAACUCCAUGCUUUCGGAUGAUAUAUUUUUUGGUAAUUCCAUCAAGAGCAAAGGAAGGAUUUUACUUACACACACACACACACACACACACACACACACACACACACACACACACACACUUGAGGCAAAUGAUGUGGAGGAGGGUAUCUUGGACUGACAUCAUUGAGCCAUUUUCAUUUCAUUAUACAAAUGAUGGAUGGGCUUAACAAAAGUGUUAUUGUGAGAUGUUAAUGGCACUGACUUAGCUUCUUGGUACAGUAAAUAUCACUGAUAACUUUUUGUUGUAGUCUUUUUCCUCACUAAACCCAAACUCCAUUCUAGGUACAAUUUCACUGCCACAUUUUAAUCAUGGUAUAAAUUCAAGCAUCAGUUUGCUCUGUUGAGUCUCCACGUUGAUUUUUGCCUAUGUGCAUCAUUUCAUUCACUCCUCUUUUGUGUACUUAGAAGUGCUUCUGUUUGUAUUUUCUUGGACCCUACACUGAGCAGUGCAACAUGGAUACUUCAGUUAGCAUGCACACUCCAAUAUGUACCAUCAUAGAUACUUAGCAUAAAUUCCUUUUUGACAUUCCUCUAUUAAAAUAAUAGUAAAAGAACUGCCAUUUAUGUAAUCUUAACUAGCUUAAGCAUUAUUUAUUUAUAUGAAAAAGAGAAAUCACAUUUAUUCCCCAAGUCAUUCUUCUAGGUGUAAGAUCAUUUGAGUAAGGUUAACUGUGUAUUUCUUUGAAGAGUUUAUUUUAUGUCUCUUGAAAUACUGUGAAGCUAAUAGUGAAGCAGCAUUUGGCUCUAGUGUGAGUCUUAAUCUUCUGGGUUAGCAUUUUAAGAACAUGACCACAGGUUGUACUGGAGCAGUGCAGUCCUCAUUGAUUGCAAAACAUCCAUUUGCAUGCAGAUUUUUUAUAUGCAUGAAAAUAGCCUAAGUUUGUAUGAGUCUUUUUAUUUUUUUUUGCCAUCUGAACUGUCACUUUCCAUUUUAGGCAUCGUGUUUUUGAAAGCCUCUUCCUUUUGAUGCCAUGUAGAUUUAAAAACUUUCAUUAGAUAUUUUCUUGUUCCCAUUUCCUCAGAGGUCAUUUGUUUAAGCAAGACCUUGGCUGAGGCCUAGGAAAAGUAGAGCAGGAGGUUAAUUGGGAGAGCCUGGUGAGGGAAGAACAUCAUAUUUUUCAUUGCUAGGAAAGACCACUGAUUUUUAGGUCUAUAAAAGUAUUUCUGUACACAUAUCAUGAACUUGGACAUCAUAUGAUAGGCUGAUUUUUAAUGCUUAGUGAAGCUGUUAGCAAGCCUACCGUGUUUCAUCAUAUUAAUGCUUUAAGAGCCUGGCAAUGGGUAUACUGUGUAUAUUUAUAACAAAUUGGUUUGCCUCUUUGGGACUGUGAUGUGUGUUGGGGGGUUUAACUUUUUCAGCAAUAAGAACUUCCCCCCAAACCCCACUAGCCUGCCUGGUGGUUAGCUUCCCCAUUUUUGUGCAUAUUUGCACUUUGCCCGCAUCUUCACAACUUAUUUUAGAUUGAAAAAAUUUUUUCUUUAUUCCCCAAUUAUCCAAUUCUUGCUUCUAUAAUGCUCCUGAUUGACCCCCAGUCAGUCCAGUUUACAUAUGUAUCCAUCUGCCUCUCUGGAGUCUUAAUUUACUGCCUUUUUUAUUUCCCUCUUUCUUUCUCCUCCUUUUUUCCUUCUCUGAAGAUCAUUCAGUUUUAUGUCACUGCUCCUGACCCUUCCAGAAUUCUAGGCUAACUGAAUAUGAUUCAUGCACAACUGUGAGGUCUCAAGCAAAGUAUUCAAAAAUCCAAACUUGCUUUUCCAAUUACUGGAUGUGGUUGUUUUUCUUAAACCUUAUCCUGCUUCUUCCUUUGUCCUUAUUCUUUUUAAAACAUUUUCUCUCUAGGGCUCAUUUACCAUUUAGGCAUCUUUGGUAACUGUAUUGAAAAUAGAUAAUGUGACUAUUCCUGACAUCUUAAAUUCAAGCACUUAGAAGUGCAUUAUUAUGGCUUAAAUGAUAAACAGACUGUACCCAGUUGCUAGUUUUGUAUAUCCUCCCUGAGCAUGAUUUAAUGCAAUUAUAUCAACAGGUGCUUAUUUCAGACUUUUUGCACAAUUUGUAAAACAUCUCAAAUGAAAUAGAAUUACAUCGGUCCUUUGUAUUGGGAUAUUAAGUGGUCACUACCUUAUAGUUUUCUGAUGCAUACUCUAAUUUUAGAAAAGGUUACAUUUUUUAUAUUUAACAUCACUUUUUGAAUGUUAAUCCAAUGAUGUUCUUUGAUACUCAGCACACUGUUAAAACUGUAUGGGAAAUAGAAUCUUGCAACAUCUCUUCAAAGAGGGAUUUGUGUAUCAUGAAGAGAUUUCAUCCCUAUUUUUGCUUUGAAAAUAAUCUUGGAGGUUUUCCACGGCCUUUCACUUUUUAUUUGACAUGAAAGUGAUUUUAUUUGACGCCAAGAAAACAUUUUUCCAGGUGCUACGUUUAUGCCAUGCAAGUGGCACUCAGAUCUCGGUGAUAUUUCUACUUUUAAUUAGUCAUGUUUUUUAAUCAAUCUUUUUUUUUUAAUUAUCUUGGAACUCUCCUGCCCAGUUUCAUAUUUAUUUCCCUUUCUAUGCUAUAAAACUGCUACCUACAUUAGCACAAGUCAGCGGGACUGGCAAUUGUGUAAAUAGAAAUGCUCUACAGCUUAAGAGUUAAAUAAAGUGUGUUUGUUUGCCUAACUAUAUACUCACUUGUUAUUUUAACACUUAUCUUAAACCUACGAAAGGAGACCUUUAUUGAUUAAGAAGAGGAUGAUUCGUACUUUCUAGAAAGCAAAAUUGGUUGCUACCAGAAUCUUUAGAAAAUCUAGAUUGGGAAAUAUUUUUACAAUUGUCUAUAAACAGACAUUAGGCAUAAAGAGGUACUAAAAAUUCUAAUUCUUAACCAAUAGUGUGUGGUGAUGGCAAUCAGCAAAUGACUUUUAUCCUAUAUUUUGUCAUUCUAUUCCUUUUUAAGCCCCUACAUAGUGUUAACAGCAGUGAUCUUCUUCUUUAGGCUCCAUGUUUUGAGAAGGGAAAUGAUUAACCUGAAGUAAUUGAUCAUGAUAUUGUUUGUCGAUAAGGGUCUAGAAAACUCAAAACUCAGUCAAGAAGGCCAAGCUAACAGGACUUCUCUUUAAAAAACAAUGGGUAAAGGAACACUUGGGAAAGUAUAGAGUCGCCACCAGUGAUCUUCUUGGAGGGGGAAAAUACUGGACUAGUUUCACUGCCAAAGUGCACUCUUGCUACUUUAUGCCUUAACUCACGGUUAUGAGGAGAGUGGGUAGCAAAGCAUGAGAAGAUGGCAGGUAACAUUGGCAAUUUUUUUGUGUAGGUCCACAUCAGAUAGAGUAGAAAAAUGUAAUUUCUUGGAGUUUACAUUUUUUAAAUUCUUUUCUCUGCCACGGAAUGUUUUUAAAAUGUUGUUUACCUGAGAGACUUAAGAAGCCUCCUGCUAUCUAAGAGAAUUCUGGGUUUUCUUCAUCUGGGAAACAGUUAACUGCUCAUGUGCAUUGGGUCACUUUUAGUGGUGGGAAAUCUGAUGUUUACACUUGAAAUCUGGGCGGCUCAGUGUGUUAAAUGUCAGCCUGCAAAACUUUGGUCUUAAAAACUUUCUAAGUGUUUUAGACCUCAGAAACUGAGAUGUGUCUGAGACCCUCCUGUGGCUCACAACAAGAUUUUAUAGCUGAGCCACAAAGCCCUGAAAUUUUUGAUUUAUGGCAGAAUUGCCUGCAGUCUCAAACUGUAACAUUUUAAGUGGUGCUUUACUAAAAUGUGUGGGGAGGGCAAAGGGUGGGAAGUUUGUGAUGUUGGGCGGGAUUGGGAGGGAUAGAGGGGGGGUGGGGGUGACCAUGAGCCAGAAGCUGAAGGAGCUAACACUCUGUCAGCUAAUAGGGACUUUUCAGGCUAGUUCCUUCCUUACCUUCUGUGUUUUAGCCAUGUCCUUCCCUCCCAGUGCUCAGAACGUCACUGGCUUCAAGAUUAUUUGGCAGGCCAAGGAUUGGACUGCAUGUUUAUGCAUUUUGCUAUCUGUUGUACAAAAUUCAAGAAAUAAAUUCUUUAAGAAAUGUUGGCAUCACCCAUCUCUUUCUGGCACCCCCAGUGGCCGUGACAAUGAUCUUUGGCUGAUACGAUCGGGAGGGUGGAAAAAAAAAGUUUGCUUUUGUUAGGUUGAAAAAUUCCCUCUGAAACAUUAAAGAAGCAUUUUUCAAACUUCUUCCCUAAGUCUUAAACAUUUUCAUGUAUUAAGUAUUGUUUUCAUUAGAAAAAGUAAUAUAUUCUUUGCAGCAGUAUUGAUUGGAGAAGAUCAGUUUGGGGUUGUUUGUUUGUUUUUGUUUUUGUUGUUUUGUUUUUCCAGUUGAGCUCAGAACAAAGUUAAGUGCUGUCUAACCUCUUACAAUUUUAUGUGUUUCUGACAGUUUAAAAGCAGGCCACCAAAAAUGCACAAAAACAGAUUGAACUAAGACAUUUAGUUUGGGUGUUGAUUUUCAAGGGAUUUUUAUGCCCAUAUAUUUACAGCCUCAAUCUCAGGUCCCUUUAAAUAAAUAUACUUCAGGGAUUUUUAAUGCCACCCAAUGAUGGCAGACCAAAUGUAAUAUUUAUAUGCAAUGAGCUGUUAGUGUUUGUAUUAUAAACAUGUAAAUCUGUAAAUUUGCUGGGGGGGAGUUCACUUAUGUAAUUUGAGAUGUUAUCGUUUUCCAGCUGUGUCUUAAUAAAAAAAGAUAAACUCUU